CGGUGGAGGGCAGGACACCGAAGACUCCAUCUGAGAUCUGGCAGCGCUGUCCUCCGAGGGGUAGCACGCGUGGAAAAACCUCACCAGUAAAGUCCGCAAGCUCGCGCCGACCGCACCUGUCCGCCGAGAAUUCGUGGGUUUUUUUGCGGUUACCCUCGGUAGUUCUCGCCUGUGAGACGCUCAUCUCGAACGCCGUGCGGGAGGACACCUCGUCCCCAGCUUCUUUUUUUUUUUUCUCCCCUCCUCUCUUUCCCCCCCUCCUUCCUCCUCCGCCAUGUCGUACAGGAAGGAAAUGGAGAAGUACCGGGACGUGGACGAGGACGAGCUGCUGAAGAAGCUCUCCGAGGAGGAGCUGCGCAUGCUGGAGGACGAGCUGGAGGAGCUGGACCCCGACAACGCGCUGCUACCAGCAGGAAUGCGGCAGAAGGACCAGACCAAGAAGGCCCCGACCGGAACCUUCCAGAGAGACAACCUGCUGGCUCACCUGGAGAAACAGGCCCAGGAGCACCCAGACAAGGAGGACCUGGUGCCCUACACUGGGGAGAAGAGAGGGAAGGCCUGGGUGCCUAAGAAGGUGGUGGUGGACCCCAUCCUGGAGUCGGUGACGCUGGAGCCGGAGCUGGAGGAGGCCCUGGCCAACGCCUCCGACGCUGAGCUCUGCGACAUCGCUGCCAUCCUGGGGAUGCACACCCUGAUGAGUAACCAGCAGUACUAUGAGGCCUUGGCCAGCAGCACCAUCGUCAACAAGCAGGGCUUAAACAGUGUGAUCCAGUGCACUCAGUACAAACCCGUCCCCGACGAGGAGCCCAACUCCACCGAUGUCCAGGACACCCUGGAGAAGAUCCGCAGCAACGACCCGGACCUGGUGGAGGUCAACCUCAACAACAUCAGGAACAUUCCUGUGCCCACGCUGAAGGCCUACGCUGAGGCUCUGAAGGAGAACACGGUGGUGGAGCGGCUGAGCAUUGUGGGAACGCGGAGUAACGACCCGGUGGCCUACGCCCUAGCAGAAAUGCUGAAAGUGAACGCCACCCUCAAGUCUCUGAACGUGGAGUCCAACUUCAUCACCGGGGCUGGAAUCCUGUCGCUGGUGGGGGCUCUGCAGGCCAACACCACCCUUCAAGAGCUCAAGAUAGACAACCAGAGCCAGCCACUGGGGAAUAAGGUGGAGAUGGAGAUCGCCAACAUGCUGGAGAAGAACACCACGCUGCUGAAGUUCGGAUACCACUUCACCCAGCAGGGCCCCCGACUCCGUGGGUCCAAUGCCAUGAUGAGCAACAACGACCUGGCUCGUGUGACUCGCUCAGACUCAGAUGGCGCCUUCACCCUCACCCUGUCCGUCCCAGAGCUGGAGAAGGCUUUCCGUAAAAAAUUCAAAACCAAGUCCAAGUCUAAUGCGAAAGAGAAGGCUUGAGGGGGGGCCCAUCUUCCCCAAAUGUCGGACGAGUGUGUAGCCACCCCUGUGUGGGAGGAGCCUGCUGGGGCCAGCCCCGCCCCCCUGCCCUGCCCCACCCCGUCCCCCCUCCUCUCCCCCCGCCCCCCUUGCCCCAUUCCCCGGGGGUGGGGCCUGUCAGUCAGCACAGGGGGCGGGGUUUCGCCUGUCCCGCACGAGCUGUCCCGCAGAGCUCUCCUGUGUGUGUGUACCCUGACAUGUGUUUAUUUUUAUAUGGGUUAGUUAUUACAGAUCAUCUGUUCAUUCUGAGACCGGCCCUGCUCUCAAUGUGCAGCGCUCUGGCGCUCGUGUGUGGUCCCUCCAGGGCUGUGUAGUGCAUAAGGGGGGGUGCAUGGGGGGGGGGGGGGUAGUGUGCCAGUCACCGCGGGUUAAAUGCCAUAACGGUAGCCGUGUGUCCAGACAUACGGCCUGUGAUGUCUUAACUCUGCUGUGAUGUAGGUGUAUGUGGGUGUGCCCAGAACAGUAAAUACGAACAAGUUAACAUUAAAGAAAAAGCACUGUAGUCUGCUUUGGCCAUGCGGAGUGGAACUUGUAAAACUGGGUGCUGCAGAUGGAGAUGUGUUUUCGGAAACCCCUGCAUUUGCAUGUUAGGGUGUUUUGGGAAGGAACUGCAUGCCAGUGCUGUGGCUGUGGCCUUGUUUAGGGGCCUAUUCGAUUCAGAGCCACUCAUUCGAGUAGCUGUGCAGCUGAACAAACUAACAGACUGACUAAAAUCUGCUCUCUAUCACUCAGUGAGUCCACUGACAUUAUCAGUUGUUUGUGACAGAACUUAUAUUUCACUUUCUGGAUGUGGAUAUUGUUUCAGUUUUUGUGCAUGUUCCUGAUUGGCCCAGAGGGUUCUUGCACAUGUUCCUGAUUGGCCCAAGCGGUUUUUGCACAUGUUCCUGAUUGGCCCAGACGGUUUUCGUGCAUGUUCCUGAUUGGCCCAGCCUGUUUUUGCGCAUGUUCCUGAUUGGCCCAGACGGUUUUUGUGCGCGAUGGUGGUGCUCGCGCUCAUUUGGGAAGUCCCAUUGGGUUCCCUGAGCGCUGGUUGCGUGGGCGUACAAAAUGGUUCCAUCCAAAAUAAAUAAAUGAAUAGUUAAAUAAAAAUUAAGCCUUAUUUUUAGAAGAGCAUUUGGAUAAUAUUACACACACACACACACACACACACACACACCCUCUGGAGGCAUAGUGACAUUGUACAGGCUCCUUUGGAAUGCUUUAAAGUCUGUUUUUUUUGCUUGAGGCCAAAAGCCCUGGAAUGCCCUAAUACACUGGAAACCUCUGUAGGCCCGAUAUCUGAAAUAUCCUCCAUCACACACAGAAUCUGACUGGGGUCGCCCGAAAACGUGCACUAAAGCUGAACUAACAGGCUCCCAGGGAGUGAAUUCUCCACCCGCUGUUUCAAAGCAGCAGUUACUUUUCAAGCUUGUCACUAAUCUCUGUGGGUUAUGGUGGAGAAUGUGGCAUAUCUUAAAAUCUGACACAGUGGACAAGGACAGCAGUGU